GCGCUACGCUUCGGAGGAGAACGGAUCGCCUACUCCAAAGCAACUCCGGCCUGAGCACUUGGCCCCUCCCAUUUGGGGGUCCCGGGGCCCCGCCCCCGCAGAGCAAACCGUAUAAAACCGCUGCUUCUUCCUGCAAGUCUGGGUUCAGUCCGACUCCAGGGUCGGCGGGGUACCUCGCCAACUUCCCGGAGCAUCGCGUGCCCGAGCCAUGGCCCAGGGGCUGUACCACGAGGAGUUCGCCCGGGCUGGCAAGCAGGCGGGGCUGCAGGUCUGGAGGAUCGAGAAACUAGAGCUGGUGGCCGUGCCCGAGAGCGCUUACGGUGACUUCUACGUCGGGGAUGCGUACCUGGUGCUACACACGACCCAGGCCAGCCGGGGAUUCACGUACCGCCUGCACUUCUGGCUCGGAAAGGAGUGUACUCAGGAUGAAAGCGCAGCAGCUGCCAUCUUUACCGUUCAGAUGGAUGACUAUUUGGGUGGCAAGCCCGUGCAGAAUAGAGAACUUCAAGGCUAUGAGUCUAUGGAUUUUGUUGGCUACUUCAAAGGAGGUCUGAAAUACAAGGCUGGAGGUGUGGCAUCUGGACUCAAUCAUGUUCUCACAAAUGACUUGACCACCCAGAGACUCCUGCAUGUGAAAGGUCGGAGAGUGGUCAGGGCCACAGAAGUUCCCCUAACCUGGGACAGUUUCAACAAGGGUGACUGCUUCAUCAUUGACCUUGGCACUGAAAUUUACCAGUGGUGUGGAUCCUCUUGUAACAAAUAUGAGCGUCUGAAGGCCAGCCAGGUUGCCAUUGGCAUUCGGGACAAUGAAAGGAAAGGAAGAUCUCAACUAAUUGUGGUGGAAGAAGGGCAUGAACCAUCAGAGCUUAUAAAGGUUUUAGGGGAAAAGCCGGAGCUUAGGGAUGGAGAAGAGGAUGACGACAUUAUAGCAGACAUAACUAACAGGAAAAUGGCUAAACUGUACAUGGUUUCAGAUGCCAGUGGCUCCAUGAAAUUGAGCAUGGUGGCAGAAGAAAACCCCUUCUCCAUGGCGAUGCUGCUUUCUCAAGAAUGCUUCAUUUUGGACCACAGUGCUGCAAAACAGAUUUUUGUGUGGAAAGGUAGAGAUGCUAAUCGCCAGGAGAGAAAGGCUGCCAUGAAGACAGCUGAAGAAUUCCUAGAACAAAUGCAUUAUUCUCCUAAUACUCAGAUUCAAGUUCUUCCAGAAGGAGGUGAAACACCAAUCUUCAAACAGUUCUUUAAGGACUGGAGAGAUAGAGAUCAGAGUGAUGGCUUUGGGAAAGUAUAUGUCACAGAGAAAGUGGCUCAAAUAAAACAAAUUCCAUUUGACGCCUCAAAAUUACACAGUUCUCCAACAAUGGCAGCCCAGCAUAAUAUGGUGGAUGAUGGUUCCGGCAAAGUGGAGAUUUGGCGUGUAGAAAACAAUGGUAGGAUCGAAAUUGACCGAAACUCGUGUGGUGAAUUCUAUGGUGGUGACUGCUACAUUAUACUCUACACUUAUCCCAGAGGACAGAUUAUCUACACCUGGCAAGGAGCAAAUGCCACGAGGGAUGAGCUGACAACCUCCGCAUUCCUGACGGUUCAGUUGGAUAGAUCCCUUGGAGGACAGGCUGUGCAGAUCCGAGUCUCCCAAGGCAAAGAACCUGCUCACCUGCUGAGUUUGUUCAAAGACAAACCGCUCAUUAUUUACAAGAAUGGAACAUCAAAGAAAGGAGGUCAGGUGCCGGCACCCCCUACACGCCUCUUUCAAGUCCGAAGAAACCUGGCAUCGAUCACCAGAAUUGUGGAGGUAGAUGUUGAUGCAAAGUCAUUGAAUUCCAAUGAUGUUUUUGUCCUGAAACUACGACAAAAUAAUGGCUACAUCUGGAGAGGAAAAAGGGCCAGCCAGGAGGAGGAGAAGGGAGCAGAGUAUGUGGCAAGUGUCCUCAAAUGUAAAACCACGAGGAUUCAGGAAGGCGAGGAACCAGAGGAGUUUUGGAAUUCCCUUGGAGGCAAAAAAGACUACCAGACCUCUCCCCUGCUAGAAACCCAGGCUGAAGACCAUCCACCUCGGCUUUACGCCUGCUCCAACAAAACUGGAAGAUUCAUUGUUGAAGAGGUUCCAGGAGAGUUCACCCAGGAUGAUUUAGCAGAAGAUGAUGUCAUGUUACUAGAUGCUUGGGAACAGAUUUUUAUUUGGAUUGGAAAAGAUGCCAAUGAAGUUGAGAGAUCAGAAUCUCUGAAGUCAGCCAAAAUAUACCUGGAGACAGACCCUUCUGGAAGAGACAAGGGGACGCCAAUUGUCAUCAUAAAACAGGGCCAUGAGCCAUCUACAUUCACAGGCUGGUUCCUGGGCUGGGAUUCCAGCAGGUGGUAAACUGAGUUUUGUAAGAAAAAGCAAACAAACAAAUAAACAUUAUGGGGCAGCUGUCCCAUUGCUGUUUGGUGGGGAGAAAGGGGGAGCUUGUUUGUUUGUUUGACUUUAGAAAAUUAACCUCAGCCAUGUGGCUGUUUUUUAAUGCUUAGUACUGGUUUGAAAUUUCUUUUAAACUGGAAUUUUCUUAUGUUAGUAUUUUUAAAUAACUUAAAGUAAACUUUUGUUAUGGACCGUAUUAGCUCUGCUGGAUCCUGGCUUAUAUCUUUUAUAUGACCUUUUAAAGG